UAUAUAUUGUGUUGUGAUGGUGACUUGGCACCACCGCACCCGUCAGGGAACAGCUGAUAGUGGCCGCCACACGCGUGUGGACACUCGUGUUGCUUCACCAUACUGCGGAGCUGCUGCUUGUUUCUUCAUGAUGAACAACAUUUUAAAUUUCAACAUAGGAGUUCUGGGACAUGUGGACAGUGGGAAGACAUCACUGGCAAAAGCACUUAGCACUGUGGCCAGCACUGCUUGCUUUGAUAAAAACCCACAGUCAAAGGAACGAGGCAUUACUAUUGAUCUAGGCUUUAGCUCCUUUGUUGUGGAUGCGCCGGAUAAUAUUAAAGAAUCGGGGUAUGAAAAGCUUCAGUUUACUUUAGUGGAUUGCCCUGGGCAUGCAUCAUUGAUAAGGACUAUCAUUGGAGGGGCACAAAUUAUUGAUGCUAUGAUACUUGUUGUUGACAUAACAAAAGGAAUCCAAACCCAGACUGCAGAAUGCUUGGUCAUUGGUGAAAUAUUGUGUGAUCACUUGUUAGUGGUUUUAAACAAGUUGGAUUUGGUAUCGCCCGAGAAGCAAAAGUCAGUUAUUGAGAAAAUGACUAAAAGAAUUUUACUCACCUUACAGAAGACAAAAUUUGCCAAUGCUAAGGUUAUUGUAGUAGCAGCCAAACCAGGUGGCCCAGAAGUUCCUGAUGUUGAGCCUAUUGGUGUAAAAGAUCUUAUAGAUGGAUUGCAAAAAUUUGCUUAUGUUCCUGAAAGAGACACCACAGGUCCAUUUUUGUAUGCAGUAGACCACUGUUUUAGUAUACGAGGGCAGGGCACUGUCAUGACAGGAACAGUGCUUCAAGGAACAGUUGCUAUAAAUGAAAAUAUUGAAAUUCCAAGUCUGAAAGUGUCAAAAAAGGUUAAAUCUAUGCAGAUGUUUCGACAGCCAGUAGAUAAGGUUUCUCAAGGAGACAGAGUUGGUAUUUGUGUAACACAGUUUGACCCUAAGCAGUUAGAGAGAGGUUUAGUUGGCACACCAGGAUUUAUACAAACAGCUUUUGGGGUUCUUGCUGAAGUAACAAAGAUUUCAUAUUACAAGCAGCCAGUUGAGACAAAGGCAAAGUUUCAUGUAAGUCUUGGUCACGAAACAGUCAUGGCCAGAGCAACAUUUUUUGGAACUGAAGAUGAACUUUUUAUCAAGAAUGGAUUUCUUUAUGACCAUACCUACAAGCAUCAGCAGGAGUUGAUUGAUUUACAAAAACUUGAGGAUACCACUUACAAACCAAAUCAUCAAUUUGCACUUUUGGAAUUUGAAAAGUCGGUACAAAUAGUCCCCAACUCCGCAUUGAUAGGGUCAAAACUGGAUAUGGAUAUUCAUACUAACAUGUGUCGCUUGGCAUUCAAAGGUCAAUUGCUGGAAGUCUUCACAGACAAGAACUAUCAUGAUACACAUCUACAGAGGGUUAAAGUUUACAAAAACAAGAAUAAGGAAGGUAUCAUUGAAAGACUAGUAAAUGAUAGUGAAGUCAUUGUGAAAAAUCUGCUGAAAAAAGAUACCAAUGUCCAACUCUUUAUGGGUCUCAAGGUGCAGCUGUCAACAGGGGAAGACGGCACCAUUGUUGGCACUUUUGGACAGAGUGGUAAACUGAAGGUGGGAAUAACUAAUGGCUUACAGGAUACUACCAAGGCUGCCUUACAAAAGCUCUCUGGUGGGAAAAAAAAGGUUAAAGGUGGACAGGAGAACCCAUCUUCUACUGUUGAAACUAUAGAACCAGUGAAAGUUGUGCUUAAUUUCAAGAAAUAUAUAUUUAACAAUGACAAAAAAUUGGUACAAACUUGAUAUAAUGUAAAGAAAAUUCAUUUAUUUUUAAAAAUUUUAUAUAAUUUGUAUUUGUAUUGCUAAAAGUUUGGCUCAUUCAUGUGAUGAGCCAUGAUGAAAUACCUCUUGCUUAUUCCUUUGCUCUACCCCUAUCUUACAGGGCAGGUCCUGUUACACUCCUUUCCCAGUGUCAGGCUGUCAGAAUAUUGUACAUAAUUUCAACUCACAAUAUUUACACAUUAUUAUAUUUUAUGAUGUAUUUUUCUAAACCUUACCUUCAACGUAACAUUGUCAACUAGGUUCUCUGGUGUUUUUCAACUCUGAUUAUCUCAUGUUUUUUGUUAAACUUUGAGCCAGCUUAGGAAUUAACCGAGUUGGUUACAGUAGAUUUAAUAAAAAAUAAAGUAAAUUAUACAGCUGUGAAGGAAUCGAGCUGCAGUGCCUCCUGUCAAGGAAAAUUAAACACGUUUAAAGCGUGAUGAUCAUUUGAUUUACUUACCACGUAUAACUGGGUUGCAUUUACUAUACUAUAAUUUACCAUUCCUUACACCAUUAGUGCAUCUAUGGGUUGGUGAUUGUUGUUAAAAUUAUCUUACGUUAAAAUGAAAUGAUAUUUGGAGAAUAUCUCUAAAAGUUAAAGGAUUGAUCUUUUGAUUAACAUAUUAACUUUUUUAAGUAAGUGAUAUCUCUAAAAUGUUGAAAAAUUCUUUUCCACUUCAUUAAUGAAUAUACUCAUUAAUAGGACUGUACUAAUGAAAGCCAGUUUUGGACCACUUUAACUGUGAUGUAAAAAAAAAAAUGGUAAUAUUCUUUCCAAAAUGCAUUUUUUGUUACAAAGUCUUGGUUGUAAAGUACAUCCUUGUCUAGGUAACAACUACUAUACUAUACUCGAUUCUCAAAACUGGAUAAAAAAAUCACAUUAAUGUGAUGUAUCAAUGAGAAAAUCAUUGGGAGCCAUGAGGAUUAUAUAUCAAGCAAACUAAGCCUUUGCACCUUCUUUUGAUAAUUAUUUAGUUGUUUCAUCAACAUUUUUUAUUAUUUAUUCGAUGAACUUUUCCCGUAUCUAUUACUGUAAUCAUACAUCCAUUAUUUUGUCCUCUUGUUUACUUUGUAUCCAUAUAUUCCAUUGUUAUUUUAACUACUCUUGCUGCAACCUCAGCCCACCAAGCAAUUUGUCAUAUUGUUGUCAGUUUGUGCAACUCCACACUGUUGCACAGACUGUUUAUAUAUGCACACAUAUAUAAACAUUUACUUUUGAUAUCAUCCAUUAUAUUCUUUCUAUAACUCUUAGGUGUCAUACCAGUUACAUUCUCUAUGGUCCGACAAGACAGUCUUACUCCUGACAUUACUGCAUAUUUAAUAUAAUAAUCAACUCGACUCACUCGGACUUGAGUUUCACAUAUACUUGAACUGUAAUAUGAGACAAUAUUCCUUCUUUUAUUUAUUAAGAAGCAUAUGUCUCCCAUACUUUAUUUUCACAUCAAGAUGCCCCCUUCCAAUGCAGUAUGAAUUAUAUGCAGCACAAGGCUGUUCUUGAAUGGAUUCUUUCCUCUGUGUAAAGGCCUUCUGCAUUGUUAUUCAGAUCUCAUUGUCUUUGUGCAUACAGUACAUACUGUAAAUACAAAAAAAAAUAUUGCCAUUUGCAUUACCAAGAUAGUAUUUCAGUAUACAAAUGUGAUAAAAUGUAAAAUGUAGAACAUAUUUUAAAAACAGCAAGUUUAAUAAAACAUAAUUACACA